GUGAAAGAUAGAGACGCUCCAGCAAGGUGGCAGCCAAUCAUAUGUGAAGAGGGUGGGGUUACCGCGGAAAGUUGCUAUAUUGCAGGGCAUCAUCGUAGAGACAGAACCCGGUGCCUCAGCGUCUCAUAGACUGCCUACCAAGACUCAAUAUUUAAGUUUUCAGUCAAACGACGAGAGCAUAUCAAACGGUGUGUUCGGAGCAUAUGAAUUGAGGCGAAUAAUAUUCCAAACGAAGAUACGAAAAAUGAUGGCAUGCACGGAGAUGAUCACUAUGUGUCUCCAGUCAGCAAAACAGCAGCACCUGUACUCAAAGCAACAACAGCAGCUACUGCAGAGGAACCCUGACCAAGGACUUUCAAUUUUGCAAGACAUCUUUCGCCGCGCUGACAAAAAUGAUGACGGGAAGCUGUCCUUUGAGGAGUUCAAGACAUACUUUGCAGACGGGGUGCUCAGCACAGAGGAACUGCAGGAGCUGUUCCUCAGCAUUGACAGGCAUCAGAGCAACAACCUCGAAACAGACAAACUCUCCGAUUACUUCUCUCAGCACCUGGGGGAAUACCUGAAUGUCCUCUCCACUUUGGAGAAGCUGAACCAUGCCAUCCUGAAGGCCAUGGACAAAACCAAAGAGGAAUACCAGAGCUCCUCCGUGCUGGGCCAGUUUGUGACCCGUUUCGUUUUGCGGGAGACCGCCAGCCAGCUGCACUCCCUGCAGACGUCGCUAGAGUGCGCUGUGGAGGCCGUGGAAGAGCAGAGCUGCCCGGGAAGGAAGGACGUGAAGAAGCUCGACGACCAGUCCGCACUGAGGAGCACCAGGAGGUGCGGCCGCCGGGCCCAGAAGAGCCUGUGUCUGUCUCCCACCGACCCCUACUCGGGCAUGCUCACCACAGGAGUCGCUGUGGAGCCAGACGACCACUGGAACUCACAGAUCAACAGACUCCAGCAGCUCAUCGACAAGCUGGAGUGUCAGAGCCCGAAACUGGAGCCCCUGAAGGAGGAGGACACAAUAUCCAGCUCGUGCCGAUCUAACAUCCUGCUGGUCCAGAGACAGCUGUCAGUGGCGGAGAAGGACGUCAGCGAGUUCCAGCGGGCGCUGAAGAGCUACGCCGACGCCACCGCCGACCGGAGUGACAACUUACAUGUGUCCAUACAGAAGCUUCCGGAGAAAUCCUGCUUCAUAAUGUAUGAGUUCUGGCAGGACCGUCUCUCCUGGAUGAGCCACCUGCAGUCCAACGCCAGCAAGGCAUUCCAGCGCUGCAUCAUCGAUGUGCUGGAGGACCCGGAGGUCGUGACCACCAUGCUGCUUCCAGCUUCCUGGUGGAUAAUGAAUAACAACUGACAACGCUAAGCAGCUGGCGUCACCGGGAGCCAAGACGCGAGCGAGAGGAUUCCAGUCUGCACCAUGCUCGUUCCAGGCCAUUAAGACAUCGUUAAGUGUGUGUGUGACCGCAUCCUGGACUACGCUGAAGACGCAGAGCAUUCGCUUCCUUUCUCCUUUCCGUUUGUUUUUUGAAAAAUGCAAGAGUGAGAACGGUCUUUACACACGGAUGCGUACUGUACGCUUUCAAAAGGCCAAAACCUGUUUGAGUUUAAGUCUUGAAGUUAUUUUUUGAACAUCUCCAUUCCAGGCACAAACAAAUUCAGUUUGUGAAUUUGACACCUUUGUUAUGAGGCAUUUGGAUCUGUUUGAUGGCAGAAGACAUUUUCUAGGAUAGGUCAGUACCAUCCAUACAGGAAGAAAAAGCAAUCAUGCAGGCGCGACACAAUGAUACUGUACAUUGUGGUUUUAACAAUCCUAAAUAGCAUGAUUGCUGUUUGUGUCAUUAUGGCUACUUUUGUUAUUGUUGAAGCAAAGAGGUCUGAGGAAGAAUUCAGCCCACCAUGAGGUCUGAAUGUAGGGACUUAUGGCCAUGGUUUUGAAUCAAAUGUAACCUGGAACAGGCACUAUAUGGCAACUGCACCAGUUUAAAUACAGCUCUGUAAAUGAGGUUAUAGAAUAUGCAAGAUGUAAAAUAGUAUGCAUUUUAUGUCACUCUGUGCAAUGCGUAUUCACCGCUGAGGAACAGCAUAGCAACAACGAUAUCUUAGCUUGGUAGCUAGCAGCUUCUGAGAACAGAGCUACACCAAGUAUUAUGCACAUUUCAACUUUGCCUAACCUGUUUUCUGUUCUCUAUUGUUGACAUAUAGCUAAUCAGAAUAAAAUGACGAUCUUUCCUGUUAAGAACACCUCAUGAAAUAUUGAUUUCUGUGCUUAGAGAUUUUACAUUCAUUUAACUUGUUAAGUGAGUUCUGUGUCCUAAAUAUGAUUAGAUUGUGUAGGCGCUGCUUCAGAAUUUCCCUUCCCUUCUGACAGAGGGAUGUUUUCUGUACGGGGACUGUUUGUGUAUUAAUUACAAAAUUCAAAGCAUGGCUGUGUGCACACAUUAAGUUGGCUGAUCAGUACACUGCUUCACACUACCGUCAGCUUAACAACAGAGUUUUCUCAAAGGACAUAGAUCUGAGUUUCAUGUGUUCUGUUGAGUAGAUUGUUAUCUGGAUGAAGAUGUUCGAUGCCCUCACAUCUCACAGUUGGUAUUGUGUCAGACAGCACAACUAUGAAAAGUAAAAUGUAAUUAAGCUCAUAACCUUUGGUCCAGUGCUGGUUUAGCUGUAGCUAUGGCUCUGACACGUUUUUCUUCUCCCGGUUAAAAAUAGGGACUCCUAACACUGCAUGUUUGUGUGAUCUCUGUGAAAGCACCGUGGCAUUGUAACACUUGUUCUGUACUUGAUGAAUCAUCAGCAGUCUUUUCGGUUACCUUAGAAUCACCAUUGCCGACAACUAAUCCAGAACAUUCUGUCACGAGGUACAACAAUUGACUGUCCUUGAUGGCAGCUGCAAAUUGACCCGUCAAAAAUGUUACCUUUGCUUGCAUAUUUACUUAAGACAUUACCUGUUGAAGCCAUCAUGUUCAAUGCACAUCUGUUGCUUUUUUUUUUUUUUUUCUUUCUUUCUUUUGUCCCUUGUAACUUAAGGUUUUAAUGAACAUGACUAAAAAAAAAAUUGUCAGGACGUGAAGUUAAUAAAAGGUAAAUGUUUUGAAAUGCAUGUUUUUCUGUAAUGUAGAUGUCAUUGCCAAAGCCAGUCACUGUGGCUAUUUCAUUAUUUUUGGUUAAAUAUCACUUGGAAAGCACAUUGGAAUCUUCUUCAGGAACACUGAUGACAGACAACCAUAAACAGUGAAUAAUAUUUGAACAGAAUUUGAAAGAGCUUGCCAGCCAGUCUGGACAGAUGCAUAUUUACCAGUGUACACACAUACAGUACACACUCACACAUUGUCCUCAUUAAGAUUUUACUUCCAAUAUGAGUGCAUUGUUAACCCAUAAAUUCAACUGUUAUAUGCAUUAGCCUAAGGCAAAACAUGACUGUUUUGAUGAGCUGAACAUGACAAUUUCUGGGGGGCCAUAUCAGUAAUUGAUAUUUCACUGGCCGUAUUGGCUGAUGUCAAUAAUAAUAUUUUACAUUGCGGCACAAUUGAAAAUUGCCACCAAGUGUCUUCAUUCAUGGAAGUGGAUGAGCACAAAUGUGAACUUAAUUAAGAAAAGGAAAAAUUAUGUUGGUAUAACAAUACUUAAAUAUGCCUACAUAAUUAUUAAGCUGGGAGCAUGAGUCCAGAGAGCCAUAGAGUCACUGUAUAGCUUUUCUUGUGAGUUUGGUUUGUAAAAAAUAAUAAAUAAAAAAGGUUCAGGUGCAGAUUAGGUUACGUUUUUAGCAUGCCAUUUUUUGCUUGAUUUAAAGCAUCAUCGGAGCAUCAAACACAAUGUCUCUGGUACAUACAUUUUCAGUUAUCAUAUCACCUUUAUGCUAGCACCAGACCAAUACCUAUACGUUUGUUUAAGCUAUUAUCGGUCGAUUCCAAUACAGCCUCAAUAUUGUCACGAAUAUAUUUUUAGGUUUAAAUAUAACAUCCAGAACUAUCAUUGUAUGAAUGAAGACAGGAAGGGUAUUCUCUGGUUUUUAAACUGUCUGAGAAUCAGUCCAGUGAUGUCUUAUAAAUAUAUCAAUUUGAUUAAUUAA